AUCGCUCCAGUCGUGCUCCCCACAUCCCUCUGCCACCAUCGCCAUGGCCUUCCGCGCCUCUCGUUUCGCCCUGCGCGCCGCCCGCAGCAAAGUCGUCGCCCUUGGGGCGCGCCCGGCCCUGGCGGCGGCGGCGACGGGCGCCAUCGCUGCGGGCUAUGCCUUCAGCAAGCCCAGUGGCUGUCAGGCACCGCAGUUGGUGGAUGUCUCCGGACUGACCAAGGUGGCCAAAACGGAUGAUGUGGGAUUGCUGCCUCAGCCCAUCAGCCCAAAGUACAAGACCGCCUUAGUACAGAUCUAUGUGCCCAGUCAACCCUUCGGAGGAUCUGACAAGAGCAACAGUGGCCAUCGCUAUGAUACAAUUCCAAUUGCCAACGGCAUGAUUGCAUCGGGAAUGAGCUGCCAGCUCAUUCAUUAUGUUCCUGAGGAACAUGAUGCCUUCGUCAAAGCUAUGGAGGGCUUCGAUGCGAUCAUCGUGCGCUGCAACCCUGGGCAGAUCAAUGCUGCGGGAGGUGAACAAACGAAGUUCGACGAUGCCAUGAGGGCGUUGCAGAAGAAAGGUAAACAGGUGUGGCCUUCCCCGGACGUGAUGACCAACAUGGGCGCCAAGGAUGCCUUGUGCAAGAUCGCCAACUUGUGCAUCGGCUUGAUCGACACCUUUGCUUACUACAGCCCGGAGGAGUUCGCGGCCGGCUUUAAGAAGACCAUGGCAUUCCAACCUCGGGUCAUCAAACAAAACCGAGGCUCAUCAGGUGAAGGAAUCUGGAUCAUCAAACUCAAGAGCGAGAACUAUUGCAAGAACUUUGGAGAUCGCUCCUGCACUGACGAUGAGGUCUUGGAGAUGAUGGAGGCCUGCGACAACCAUUCGGAGACCCACACCGUGGCGGAGUUCAUUGAGUUUUGCGUCAAUGGGCGCACCUCUAAGAGCGGCAAGUGGGACACUGUGGGGACUGGAAAGUACUUGGAAGGUGGAAAGGCGGCGGGAGGUCAACUGGUGGACCAACGCUUCUGCCCACGGAUCGUGGAAGGUGAAGUGCGAAUGAACAUGAUCGGAGACACCUGCACCGGCAUCAUCCACAAGAAACCCAAGGCAGGCGGUAUCUCAGCAGUGGGUGGCACGGGGUCGAUCUACACCUUCUAUGGCCCAGAUGCGCCCGAAUUCAAGCAGCUUUCAGAGGACGCGAUGACGCGAUGGAGAUGA